GCAUGCGCGAGCGGCGAGCCCUCCAUCAACUCGCUAUAUGAGACCAGGCGCGGAUACAGAUGCAGUUUUCUUAAGCAGCCGCACAAAUGGAUGGAACCGAAACGAACCGGAGGACCUGCGCGAAACCAGAGCAACAGAAGAUGUUGGACUCUGGAGGAACCCAAAGUGGAUCAAACGACAGGGUGACUCUUAAAAAAGAAAUCGGUCUGUUGAGCGCCUGCGCCAUAAUUAUAGGCAACAUCAUUGGAUCGGGGAUCUUUAUCUCUCCAAAAGGGGUUCUAGAGCAUGCAGGCAGCGUGGGGUUCUCUCUCAUCGUGUGGGUUCUCGGUGGAGGGAUCUGCGCUUUAGGUUCUUUUUGCUAUGCUGAGCUGGGCGUCACCAUCCCCAAAUCAGGUGGGGAUUACUCCUAUGUGACAGAGAUCUUUGGAGGACUGGUGGGGUUUUUGUUGCUCUGGAGUGCAGUUUUGAUCAUGUAUCCAACGACUCUGGCUGUGAUCGCACUCACCUUCUCUAACUAUGUGCUGCAGCCCGUCUUCCCAAACUGUCUGCCCCCAUAUAUCGCCACCCGACUCCUGUCGACCACCUGCGUGUUGUUCCUGACCUGGGUGAACUGCUCCAGCGUCCGCUGGGGAACAAGAAUCCAGGAUAUCUUCACUGUGGGGAAGCUGUUGGCGCUGGUUCUCAUCAUAGUAGUGGGAAUAGUCCAGAUUGCCAAAGGACAUUAUGAUGCAUUGGAACCACAGGCAGCAUUUACGUUUAUAAAGGAUCCAUCAGUGGGGCAGAUUGCUCUGGCUUUCCUGCAGGCGUCUUUCGCCUACAGUGGAUGGAACUUCUUGAACUACGUCACUGAAGAGCUGGUUGAGCCUCGCAAGAAUCUUCCACGCGCAAUUUACGUUUCCAUCCCCCUGGUGACGCUCGUCUAUACUCUCACCAACAUUGCAUACUUCUCCUCCAUGUCGCCUCAAGAGCUGCUAGAGUCUAAUGCUGUCGCUGUGACAUUUGGAGAGAAGCUCUUAGGAAUGUUCUCCUGGGUGAUGCCCAUCUCUGUAGCUCUCUCCACCUUUGGAGGGAUUAAUGGCUAUCUGUUCACCUCCUCCAGGUUGUGCUUCUCAGGAGCAAGAGAGGGCCACCUGCCCCACUUGCUGGCUAUGAUUCACCUCAAGAACUGCACACCAAUCCCUGCCCUGCUUGUUUGUUGUACCGCGACCAUAGUGAUCUUGUGUAUUGGCAAUACACAUGACCUGAUAAACUAUGUGUCUUUUAUAAACUACCUCUCGUAUGGAGUCACUAUAGCUGGCUUGCUGUAUUACAGAUGGAAGAAACCCAAACUUGUCAGACCAAUUAAGGUAAACCUGUUGAUCCCAUGCAGCUACCUAGUGUUCUGGGCAGUGUUACUGGGCUUCAGUCUGUAUUCUGAGCCUGUGGUGUGUGGUAUGGGGCUGGUCAUCAUGCUUACUGGAGUUCCCAUCUACUUCAUUGGAGUGCACUGGAAGAGCAAGCCACAAUGCAUUUACACUGCUCUGGAGAAAGUGACGUAUCUGGGGCAGAAGAUCUGUUAUGUGGUGUUCCCUCAGGAUGACCCUUCUGAAAUACAGCCCCUCACAGAGAAAACUGUCAAAUCUGAGCUGUGAGCAUCCGCGGAGAUCUCGCACUUCUGUUGGGAUCCCUUUUUCAUCCGUUAACGAGUGUUUCGUGAGGAGAUGCUCCCAAGAAGGUCCUCUAAGACUCAGUCUUUACAGAAAAAGAAACAGAAAUCGCAUUUUAUACUUGUAAUCGCUAUCCCUUUGCAUAUACACAUUUGUUCUGGACGUCAUCCUGUUGCUUCCAAGAAUUGAAUUUUGGUCUCCUCUUCGUGCUUUCUCUGGGAGUUUGUUUUUGAGAACUGUUUGUGUAUUCUCAUGUGCCUUAUAGGAUCACUCUCUCACUUUACUAUUUGUAGACUUUUUAUUAGUUUUUGAAAGUUCCUUUGAGUGAGUGAAAGGGACAUGUGCAGGCUAAUGAAGCCUGUUUACCUCUUACCUAACCAUGAAACCUAAACCCCACCUUUAAGUCAGAACCCUCUCACCCAGAGGACUAAACCGAGUCCUUUUAAUAUUACUUACUCCCUCAGGCAAAAAGUAAUAAUAUAUAGCUAUGCUCGACACUCUAUGCAAGUCUAUUUAUGUGUAGGCAACUUAUUGUAGCCGCAAUAUUUUUAGCAAAUAUUUACCUCUUAUACUUAGUGAGGAAUUGCCCGACAAAUGCAUUGCCAUGCUUUUAGAAAAAGCCUAAGCCACUGUCUAACAGAGGCCCUGCCCCAGCUCUUUUUAGCACUGCCAAUAAAUGCUGCCACCUAAUGCUAAUGAUGGGAAGGCUCAUUGUUUGAGGUUCACUCUUCAUUUUAAUGGAUAAUGUUAUCCACAUAAAAGGUGCUUGAAAUUUCAAAAGAUUGUCUUUGGCAGACAGUUUCAACUUUUAUACACAACGAGAGGUAGUCCUCCAUGCACUAAUGCCUUUAGAUAACCAAGACAUUUGUCUCUUUCGACUGGGGUUUCAUUGUUUCAGAUGAAGUGGGGGAACUUUGGCCACUUUUCAGGAUUUCACGUGGACAUUCCACCGAGUUGUUAUGCAACAGGAAUAAUAUACAUAUAUCCAUCCAACAUUUUGUGAUGAGAAUCCAAAUGUAUAUUUUUUGUGAGAAGAUCCUUGAAGAAGAGACUGUGAUUGAAGGUGAUGCGCGUGAAGCUCUUGAGCGCCCUCUUCUGGUCAGAUCCUUAUAGACCAGCGACAUGUCCCCCGCAGUGUUUCUCCAAUUCCAUCUUAAUGUCUCUCAGUGACGUGAGGUCUAACUUUAACAUGUCUGUUAGUCGCGUUGUGUUUAAACUGUUGAAAAGCACAGGAAAGUGAAAUCUCGAUGUAAAUAUUGCAUAAAAUUUCAAUUACAUCAGGGAUUCAUUAUGAGAUCGCAUUCCUGAGGUUAGUGAAGUGUGAGGCAUGUGUAUUAUGUAUACAUAAUGUAUGCACGUUAGCUAUGUAUGCUGAUAUACUUGUGUUUUUUUAAUUAAAAAAAUGUUAAAGGAUUAUAAAUAACAAUGUUAGAACAUUAAAUUUAAUUCUGGAAAACGCUGCUGAUGAUUGUGUGUUACUUUGUGUGUUUUGUUUGCAUACAAUGUCAGUCUUAAAUUGUUAGUGUUAUAUUAAAAAUGUGUUUAAUGCAUUAACAAGUAAACAACAGCUGAUCCAACUCAAUCCCUUCAGCAAUUAAAGCCUUUAAAAUCA